AAAAAGUCCUUAACAUAGAUCAGUGUAAAGAUGAUUGUGAUGUGGAUUACAAUGUUCUUUCUUCAUCAAGGAUAUUCUCUGGUCCCAGUAAAAACCGUUCAGCUCGGUGAAGCAGCAACAUUAACAUGUGCUUUACCCAUUAAAGAAUUCGGCAGUAUAACAGUCCACUGGUACAAGCAGAGUGCUGGAGAUGGUCUUAAAUUAAUUGUGACAUUGUCCAAAUCAGCACCACCUGAAUAUAGUCCUGAGUUUUCUAGAAAGAGAUUUAAUGUGGAAAAUGCUAAUAAUGUUUGCAACCUGACCGUUCUGAAGACAGUCCAAGAGGAUGAGGGUAUCUAUCACUGUGGAAUAGCUGAGUGGAUGUAUCCCAUUCAGUGGAGUGAGACGUAUUUGUCAGUAAAAGGACAUACUCAGAUGACAUCAAACUAUACUGUUGUUCAGUGGCCUCCAGUAUUAGACCCACUCCAUCCAGGAGAAUCAGUGACUCUGCAAUGUUCGAUCAUCUCUGUCUUUGACAAAGCAACAUGUUCAGAAGAUCUUAGUGUCUUUUGGUUCAGAGCCGAAUCAAAUAAAUCUCAUCCAAACAUCAUCUACACUCAUGGAAAUACACAUGAUGAAUGUGAGAAUCGAUCUGAGGCUCAGAAGAGAUGUGUUUAUCGCUUCUCUAAGAACGUCAGCUCCUCUGAUGCUGGGACUUACUACUGUGCUGUGGACAUAUGUGGGGAGAUAUUAUUUGGAAAUGGAACUGCAUUGAAACUCGUGCAACCGGCACAAUCAGUAUUCACUCAAAUGCUAAUAUUAAUAGUUUGUUUGGCUAUUUCGGUCAUUGGAAAUGUGUUCCUCAUAUUCAACUCCAGAGUAUGUAAACCAUUUAAAGGAAAAGAAAGUGCUGUAUCAGAAUCACAAACUGACAAGUUGAACCAACCAAUUGAAGCCGAUGACCAGCUAAACUACGCUGCACUGAAUUUCUCUGAAAGGAAAACAAGAGGAAGAAGGAAGAGAGACAUUACCGAGGACAGCGUCUACUCUCAAGUUAAAAGCUGAAGCUGAUAUCAGUGGUGAAGAGCCCGUUAAAAAUUAAAUUGAACCUGAAACAUGAUUGCAGAUCCUAUUAUUUGUGUCAGGUCUUGUUAUUUUGCUGCCUUGAUUAAAUACUAACUGUGAGCAGUUUAUUUGCCUCAUCGCUGACAAGUUUGGGCUCUCAAACUAAAACAAAGUCUUGUCACAUUUUUGAAAUCCCUGAAUUUUUUAUCUGUAUAAACCUGUUUCCUUGCUUUCGUUGAUUAAAAACUAUUUCAUUUAGUAUUUUGGAUUCUUUUUUAUGUUUAGGGCAAGAUACUACAGGGAAAAGAACUGGUCAGUUUUUUAGAAUUUGGGUGGUUUUGCUAAUAGUGUCUUCUUUCAUGUUAAAGUAGAGAAAUUAUUUUAUUAUCCCAUGUCUGUUUAAUAUGUGAGCAAUCUGGGCACAGCCAUU